GCAUAUCAUCAACAUCAACAACAUCAACAUCAAAAUCAUCCUACCAACACGUUCUCGAUUAUUAUCAGUCUCAGUUCAAGACAGACAGCAAAAUGGCCAGCCAAAAGCAAUUCAAUCAAGAGACAAAUGGCGCUGAAGUCGUCGCUUCAUUCCCACAGUCUGUCGCUGAAAAGACAUUUGUUAUUACCGGCCCAACACCAGGUGGAUUGGGAGUUCAAACAGCUUUGCAACUCGCUGCAGCUAAGCCAGCAACCAUUCUCCUCCUCGGGCGUGAUGAAUCUAAAGCCGCACCAGCUGUGGAAUCAGUGAAAGCGGUUUCCCCAAGCUCGACCGUGAGAUUUGUCCAUUGUGAUCUCGCAAAGCAUUCUUCCAUCAAAACUGCAGCUGAAUCCAUUUUGGCGACCACCCCCAAGAUCCACACCCUUAUCAACAAUGCGGGUGUCAUGGCGCCACCCGACUACCGCACUACCGCCGAAGGUCUGGAGAUUCAAUUUGGUGCAAACCAUGUUGGGCAUUUCCUUCUAACAAACCUGCUUAUGCCAGCUAUUGUUGCUGCUGCGUCUGAAGGAGCUCGAAUUGUCAAUCUGUCCAGUCAGGGAUGGUCAUUGGGCGAAGUUAGAUUUGAUGACUAUAACUUCAAUGAUGGGAAAGACUAUGACAGAUGGUCAGCAUAUGGCCAAAGUAAAGCAGCAAACAUUUUAUUUACCGUUGAGUUGGCAAAGAGGUUGAAGAGCAAGGGAGUGCAAGCAUUUGCUAUUCACCCUGGUGUGAUCGACUCCAAUUUGUCAAGAGAUUUGGAUCCAGCAACAGAUUACGGUGCAAUGGCCGAACGAUUCACUUCCAGAGGAUACAUAAAAAUGGAUGGUCCAUUUGUUUGGAAGAGCUUAGAGCAAGGCACGUCAACAACAUUAGUUGCGGCUCUUGACCCAGCUUUGAAAGAUCACUCGGGUGUCUACCUUUCCGAUUGUCAGAUUACUGAGACAGCCGAAUACACCACUAAUCCAGACUAUGCAGAGCGCUUGUGGGAGUUGAGUGAGAAGCUUGUGGGACAGAAGUUUGAGUUGUGAGGAGUUUUUCUACUAGAACCGAUAUAGACACAGGCUUGGCAAUUUUAGAUAGUAGUGUAGAUUUUGACAAUUGAUAGAUUUUGUCAUCUACCUUUCUUGUGAAUAUCCCGAACUAAAUUUUCAUCUGAGAGAAAAAGAUACAUAUCGAAACACUCCACCUAAAGAUGCAUACCAUCUUUAAGCAAUGUAUGAUAAACAGGCUCUACAUAAAUCGAACUUAAAUCACCAAUGUGAUUAUUCCA